UCGCCCAUCAAACCCAAAUUCAUUUCACUCUUCUUAUGUAAAAUCAACCAUGGCUAAGCUCACCAUCCUCUUAGCCUCCUUCAUAGCCCUCCUCUUCCUCGUCGACGCCUCCAUCUACCGAACCACCCUCAUCACCGACGAAAACGACGAUAACCAAUUCCCGCCAUACGACCGCCCAACAAGCUGUCAACAGCAAAUCCAAUCACAGCAAAGGUUAAGAGCAUGCCAGCAGUAUCUCCGGCAACAAACUGGCUCCCCCUGGGGCCGUCGUUUCGACAACGAGGAAAAUCAGAUGGAGCGAGAAGAGUGCUGCAGACAGCUUCAAAGAAUGGAAGCUCGGUGCCGGUGCGACGGUCUCCGACAGGCUAUUGAUCAGCUACAGAGGCGUGGAAUCCUUGGGGGCCAGGAUGUCCGUGAGGCGUACAUGUUAGCUAGGCAAUUGCCGUCGGAAUGCGGCGUUUCACCAAGGCAAUGCCAUUUCGGGACACGGUGGUGGUUCUAAAAGAGUGGUGGACGUAAGGUGGCAAGGCGUAGGAUAAAUGCUGUACUGGUAGAAGAAUAAAAGUCACAGCUCUGGUGGUUUUGCUAGAGAUUUGAGUGAUUUUGUUAUUAGUGAAAAUAAAAAAUUAUAAGCACAUUAUGGUGCGUAGUUAAUAAUAAUUAAAUAGAAUGCUGAGUUUAUGUA